CGUGUGGAUGCGGCCUAAAGGGGAACCAUAAAUAACGAGAAAACAAACCAAUAACUUUGGGGAUUCUUUGUUACUGUGUCAACGCUUGGACUUGCGAAGGAAGUAGUGGUUUGGAGGAGGUAAUCCAUUCUCUGUGAGAUGAGAUAAAGAACGCCACCAACGGACUUAGCAGUAACUACAGACCCACAAUAGUCUUGGCAGCGUCAAGCAUCGUAGAAUCGAGACAGAAUGGUGUGGUCUUCCAUUCCAUGGAACUGGGUCGUCCCUCUUAUCGUUCUCUUAGUCCUUCUGCUUUUCUCCAUCGGUCUGGCUUGUUUCUGCAAGUUUGGCCGCAAGAAGACCCCCCGUCACGAGGACCCCAAGGUCAUGCUUCACAACAUCGACUCUGUGGAGGUCAUCAGUAACCCGACCUGUGCUACCGUCUUCGUACCCGCCGGCGAGAAGGUUUUGGGCGCCGUGAUCGAGGACGACGAAGUCGACCUUGGACUCGGCACGGCAGCUGCCAGCCAGACAAAGGCGCCAGCAGCAUCCGCCAAAGCCAAGGUGUCCAAGGACAACCUAGUGGCCGACAAAGAGGGCGCUAAGGACGCCGCAGCUGGCUCCCCCGACGCUUUCACCAAUCCAGAGGCGGACAUUUCGCUGGUUGCCAUGGACUUGAGGAGCGGUGUGUGCCGAGAAUAUCAGAAUCCGGUCGAGAUGGAUCACGACGUCAGCGAAACGUCAGAGUCGGCGCCCAUGAUUCCGUCUAAGAAGAAAUAAUUUCACUUAACACCUUAAAAUGUUCUGCUUUGAUUCGACUUACUGGCUGUGAAAAAUCCUUCCGGCUAUCUAAUGCUUGGUUUGGCUGGUUCUUGCUAGAAAACUUCUGUCGCAAUACUAAUUUGGCUAGAAUUACAUGAAAUGACGUAGCUCUCGAAUUCCCAACAAAUUAACAAGCACACCGGUGAUUAUGUACACUGUGACUACCAAUACGAGCCCGUAUUAUUUAGCACUGCUCCUCCGUCUCCUGUCGUUUUCUCCAAAAUAGCGUUAUCGGAUCUGAACGGAAAUGAGUGUGACAUUAAAGGGCCCAGACGUAUUAUACGUCAGUCUCACUAUGAGCCCUGUGGGCUGGGUUCCAUGAAUCGAGGAACCAAGUAAAUAUUUCUAAUUCAGUAAACCAAUCAAACAAACAGUUCUUAAAAAAUACAAGCAUGCUUUGGUGUCAGUGUGUUACUGAAAAUAAUAUAAUUGUUGAGCUCUUGUAAAUAUUCAGUUUUAAUGCAUGUUGUGCUUCUUGUAAUUUUAAAUGUCCAGAAAGAA